CCAGACUCUAAAGAAGAGGAGGAACAGCUGGACGAUUAUCCCAGAUAUUGACAUAGCUGAUGCCACUUUCGCCUGAAGUAAUACCAAAAUAGCAAGUCCCACGAUAUGGAUCUUCGCAUCUUGCUUCAUCAAACCACCCAUAAAGUGAUGAGGAAGGCGUUGCGGAAUGCAUUGACGCAGCGCGUCAUAUGACCAAGAUGUGCGCUCAACUCCUCAUAUGAAGCACGAGAUUGGCCAUCUUUGCCAUGACGAGCAGCGACCGCCAAAGACUGGUGGGAAGCAGAGUUCCGAUGCUGUUCCAGCUGCUUCGUCAAAUAGUGUUGAUCCUGCAAGGUCGAUGACUCGUGUGUAUACCAUGGCUUUGUAUUACUAUGCUGAGAGCGUUUUGCGCAGAGCCUAUCUAUGGCUCAUCCAUGCCUCCUCCAGCGACCGUCGCAUGGCCAAUGAGUGUUCCGUCAAGCGCAUAUCUCUGUCAGCCCGAAACGUUAAGCAACGAAUUUUCAGUCCUCACGUUGUCAUUUUAUGGUCUUUCCGCUAUCGGGAGGGGGCUUCGUGGUCGCACCCCUGCAAACGUCCCCGCCGCUUCCGGCGUGUUGGGGGGGUGGCUUUGCCCCUCUCAAACUGGGGGGGGGGUCGCUUUCAGGGUGGUCGUUUCGUCCGUCUCAGUGAGGGUCGUGCCUUUGUCAUCGCUUAUUAA